ACCAAUUAUUUUUUAUUAUAUUUCCUGAAAAUCAGCGGAAAUGUACAUUUCCAGGCUUUUAUUUUGAAGGUGCGGCAUUUCACUUCAUGACUUCCGUUCAUUAUGUAAAUAGUAAAGAUGGCGGCCUCUUGUGUGCUCCGAGCCGUCCUCAGCCGAACUCUGAGCCGGUCCAGAUGUUCUGGAGGGGUCAGGUGGCCUUUGACCUCUGCUCGGGUUGUUCCUGAGGCGGGACGCCGCGCAGCAUGCUGGGAAGCUCAAAGCAGACGUCAAGACGGCACAAAAUACCACCGAAGAAGAGGAGGAGGUCUGUGGGCGGCAGUCGCGUUCUCCCUGUUCAGCUCCACUGAUGAAGAUCAAAGGGACGAAGCUCAGAGGAAGGAGGACGACAUCAUUCUGCUGCUGAAGAAAGCCAAGCUCAGCAUGCAUCGCGGAAAUCUGCAGGCGGCUUCGUCCUUCUUCCAUCAGGCGGUCGCUCUCGCUCAGCAGACCCACAACAAGCAGGCCAUCAUCUACACCUACAGCCAGUGGCGUCCUCCUCAGAUGGCGAACCUGGCCUACAUUCAGGGUCACCUGGACAGCGCAGAGAAGCUCUUCAAAGCAGCCAUGAGCUACAUGCUGGCUGGAGGAACUCCAGAGGACGACAACGCUGUCAUUGAGAUGUCUCUGAAGCUGGCCACCAUUUACGCUGAGCAGAACAAGGCGGAACUGGCCGAACACGGUUUCAGUUUCUGUGUGGAAUCACUGGAGGGCAAACUGGAGAAGCAGACAGAGGACGUGAAGACAGAGCAGCAGGAAGCUCUAAGGAAAGACACUCACCUUCUGCUGGGUUUGUGUUUGGACUCGCGAGCGCGGUACCGAGUCUCAAGGAUGGACUUGGACAUGGCUGGACAGGACUACAGGAAAGCCCUGGACAUCUGCCGCCAGGAACAGGGACAGGAUCACCCACAGACUCUGGUCCUGAUGAGCGACUUGGCCACCAUCUUGGACCUGCAGGGUCGUCAUGACGACGCAUUGGUUCUGAUCCAGCAGGCAGUGGACCUGAGCGUCUCUGUGGAAAACCCGGAUCACCAUGUUCUGGUGGAGAACCUGGCGGGGAUCCUGCUGCACACAGGCCGGUUGGACGACUCGGCCCGGUUCUACCAGGAGGCUCUGGACCGGGCCCGGCAGGCGGGAGACCGGGCCGCGCUGGAGCGGAUCCAGGAUGGGCUGGAGGAGCUGAGGAAGAGGAGGAGCCAGGCGAUGAAGGACGAGCAGGACUGACCCGGUUCUGAUGACCCGCUCUGGGCCCAACUUGUGUCCCGUUGUUGUUUUCCAUCAUCUCUCCAGAACCUCCAGAACUUCUGACCCGUUACAUGGUUCUGUUACU